AUAAAUACCAUUGCGAUUUCAUGCAGUGACUAUAUCAGUUCGAUCAGUCAACUGAAGCUAAACCAGCAACUCAAAAUCAUGAAGUUUGUCGUCUUCGCUCUCCUCGUCGUCGUGGCCAUGACCUCUGCCUUCACCGAGGCACAGGUUGUCACCAAUGGAGUUGUUGGAUAUUAUGGCGGCUACACUGGUUAUGGUUCCUACGGACUCUACAACCCAUAUUGCUACUACACUUAUCCCUAUACCACAUAUGGACUCAGUGGAUAUGGCCUUUACAAUGGUUACACUGGAUACACUGGCCUCGUUGGAUACUAUUAAACUAUCUGAAGCCCAAUCGAUACGACAAAACAAUGCAGUUUUCUUUUGCUUAACCAAUUUCUUAAUGUUAUGAGAAAACUUAAAAUAAAAAUUGUUCACAGCA